GUGACACCUAUACUACAAUAAUGGUAACCAAGACCAAGAGAUCAAACAUUGGUAACUCAUUUUGUGUAAUGAUGAUAUCCAAGAUGACAAAGUUCAUUCUGUCUUUUCUAAUCCUCAUUUCCAUUACAUGUCUUUCAUUUGCCUUGUCUAGUGAGUACUCAAUUUCAAGUCAUGGCAAGUUGGACAAGUUUUCCUCUGAUGAAGAAGUGUUUGAACUCUUCCAAAUGUGGAAGAAGGAGCACGGGCGAGACUAUGCCAAUUCGGAGGAGGAAAAUGCCAAGAGAUUUGAGAUAUUUAAAACCAAUUUUAAGUAUAUCAAUGAGAUGAAUGCAAAGAGAAAAUCACAAACGCAACAUCGUUUGAGUCUCAACAAGUUUGCUGAUAUGAGUCCUGAGGAGUUUAGUAAAACCUACUUACCAAAGAUAGAGAUGCAGGUACCGUCCAAUCGGGACAACGCAAAGCUUAAAGAUGAUGAUGAUUGUGAAAACCUUCCCACUUCUGUAGAUUGGAGGGAAAAAGGAGCUGUGACUGAAGUUAGGGACCAAGGAGAUUGUCAGAGCCAUUGGGCAUUCUCUGUCACUGGGGCAAUUGAAGGACUAAACAAAAUAGUCACGGGAAAUCUUAUCAACCUAUCUGCACAAGAACUUGUGGACUGUGACCCUGCUAGCAAGGGUUGUGCUGGAGGUUUUUACUUUAAUGCAUUUGGUUAUGUUAUUGAAAAUGGUGGGAUUGAUACAGAAGCUAACUAUCCUUAUUUAGCUAAAAAUGGUACUUGCAAGGAAAAUGCCAACAAGGUUGUUAGUAUUGACAACCUUCUAGUUUUGGAUGGAACAGAAGAAGCACUUUUGUGUCGUACUAGUAAACAACCUGUUAGUGUGAGUUUGGAUGCAACUGGCCUUCAAUUCUAUGCUGGUGGAGUGUAUGGUGGUGAGAACUGCAAAAAAGAAUCAAGGAAUGCAAAUCUUGUUGGUCUAAUCGUGGGUUAUGAUUCGGUGAAUGGUGAAGACUAUUGGAUUGUGAAAAACUCAUGGGGAAAAGAUUGGGGAGAGAAAGGUUACUUGUUUAUAAAGAGGAAUGUGUUUGAAGAUUGGCCUUUUGGGGUAUGUGCAAUCAAUGCUGCGGUUGGUUACCCUGUCAAAACUGUUUUAUCUUCAGCCAUGUAGUGGUUACUUAGAGCAAAGAAUAAUACUACUAAGUACUAAUCCUUUUGAGACCUAUCUAUAGGUUUCUCUAAGCAACGCCAUAUUAUUGUAGUGCUAGCAUGGAAUUUGGGGCAUGUUUACGACUUAAUUAUAUGCCCCUUUAUGUAUGUACUAGUACUACUUCUCAUAAUAUAUUAAAUAAUGGUGGCAUUUCUAUGAGUUAUCA